AUGGCAUUCAGCUUCGGCUUUUCAGGAGAUGAUAUUGACAUCGAUGACUCUGAGAUUAGCAAUGGUGUGCCGGAUGUGUUGCCUCCCAGGGGCACUACUAAUUCUCUUCCCGAGCUGGUGAAGCCCAGCAAGCAUGAUAUCAACGAGUGGCUCUCAAUUCUCCCAUCACAAAUAUUCUACAACAGGCUCGCAAUCAGUGGCACGCCCAUAGUCAUUGCACGUCGAGAAAUUUUCGACAUUCGCACUCAGUUGAUGGCCGAGGAUACCGAGAACUACGACAAUGCCGAGCUCAUUGCUGGCCUUGAAGAAGGCGAUCUUAAGCCCAAUUUCUACGAGGGUGGAUUCAAGACGUGGGAGUGUGCUCUUGAUCUUGCCAAACUGGCUGGUGGUGAUAGCAUGAUCGUGGACUCUUUGAAUGAUUCUCAGACGGAUGUUCACAUUAUCGAGCUGGGUGCGGGCACUGCAGUGCCGUCAAUGACUUUGUUCGCUCAUAUCCUCAGCCAGACAGAGUCUGUCGACGGUACAGCCUCACGACGGAAGGCACACUUUACAUUCGCAGAUUACAAUGACGCUGUGCUCCGCCUCGUUACACUUCCCAAUCUCCUCUUGACAUGGCACAAUAGCCGGCCACAGACUGCAGUCGAACGUACUGUCAGCCAGGAAGUGCGUCGUCCAGAGCAAGACGAGGAGCUGGACAUCACGCCCGAAGUAGUGGACGAGUUCAAGAACGACCUUGCCCGACGUGGUAUCUCGAUCGAUUUCAUCUCUGGCGGCUGGUCUCCCGAAUUUGUCGAUUUGGUCUUCUCUCAUCCCAGCAGUGGCGAGUGCAAGACUCUGGUACUCGCAAGUGAGACCAUUUACUCACCAGCUACAUUGUCGGCGUUCUCCGAGACCCUUUUAGCUCUGCUCCGCCGCUCUAGCACACCUACAGCCACGACUCGUGCUUUGGUUGCAGCUAAGAAGGUUUACUUUGGUGUUGGAGGUGGAGUUGACGAAUUCCUCGCGGUGCUCAAGAGUGUUUGUGGGGAUGAGUUGCAGGUCCAGGAGAAAUUGGACGUCCAGUCGGAAGGAGUCGGUCGGGUUGUGUUGGAGGUCACACCGUCUGCUGUUCCA